AUGGCGCCCAUGCCAUCGCACUCGCUGCCUUGCAGGUGCUCCUGUGAUUCCUUCAAUAUGCAUGCGUCUUCGUCCCCUCGAGUGCCUUUCUCUGUAUCCGCCUCGGAGAGUCCCUCACCUCCAUCUUUUCUCCCUUUUGGAAGCCUGUACUAUCUUAUACUUGCGUGUAGCGUGGACGAGUAUGCGGAGUACAGGCAGAAGGAGGCUCCACGGAGGAUGGAUGCGACGCUUGCUGCUGCGAUAUCGCUGGCGUUUCACGGCGAAAAAUACCUUCGCGUCCUUCCCUUCCUGACACACGACGAAAUCGAGAACCUGAAUUUCAGCGCUGAUCCACGGAACAACCGAAACGUUCAUUACUUCCACGUUCCCUCGUCAUUCCCCUGCAAGGAGGAUCUCUCGUCUUCCGCCGCGUCUUCUGUCUCUGUCGCUGCCGCCGGCGUGGAAAAUGCGAGUACGCCUGCCGCGGAGGGCUUCGAAGAAUCGCCACGGCGGCGAAGACCAGCAGAAGGGGAGCGGAGCGGAGACGAAGUCGAGCAGGAAAGAGGAGAGAAACGGGUACGUGGGGUAUUGGUGGUGGACUCAGUUGGCGCUAAACGCGCUCCUCAUGAGGUUGAGAGGCUGAACGAUGUUUCAUUUGGGCCUGGCGGUGCCCCUGUGAGGGUAAAGAGCGCCCAGGAGACAACGUGGAGCGGGUCGGCAGCUCCGAAGGCCAACACAGUAGGUCCCACGUGUCUGUCAGAAAAGAACAGAGAAGCAGAAGUUGGAACAGAAGACGUCAGCGACGACGAGCUCGACCAAGGUUUCUCAAGUUUCUUCUAUUAUGCGCCGAAAACGCCGAUGGCAGCUGAUUCGCCACGUGGACUAGGUGGGUCUUCCCGCCCUGGGAGACACGCCGAUCAGUCUUCCACGAGUUUCUUCUUGCGUGCAUCGUCGCCGUUCUCUCCCCUCAAGUGGACCCACUCCCCCACAUCUGUUCGUUGGCGCCUUCCUGGGUCGUUUGCUUCCACCCCUCGUCGCAUGCUGGUGGCCUCGCCUGCCUUCUCCUUUGAAUGGCACCAGGUCCUUCCGGUCACGCCUCAGUUCGUAGGCUCUCUCGUUCCUUCAUCCCUCUCGUCGCCGCCGCCGGUUUCUCAGACUUCCUCUGCCAGCCCAACGUCCGGAGACGUCUCGGCAGCAGUGACGCCUUUCUCGGGAUUUCCGUGGAGUUCCCUCACUGCCUCCGCCUCUCGCUUCUCUUCUUCGCUGUCACCGCAACUGCCGUCCGCUGGAGCCUCUCCGCCUUCCCCGCCAUCUCCACUAUUCCCGCCUGUCGCGUGCAUUCGGCUGGAGUUUGGCGGUAGCGCCUCCACCGCCCGUGGUUCAGCGAGUGAUUUCUUUUCAAAGUUUCCGCGCACACCACCUUCGGAGGCUUCAGCGCCCUCGCGUCGUGCGGCGUCGCCCUCAGAGCCACAGACAGCCGCUACGAGUUCCUAUCUGCAGUCUCGUCCACCGCUGGACACGUGCGCCUUCUUCGAGGAGGCGGCGAUGCGCGGAUUUCGCAGACGGGACAGCUCGGGUGAGGCAGGCAUCGAGCGAAGGGCAGGCAGUCCAGGGAGGAGUCUAGCGGGGGAACUAGCAAGCGCGCAGGCGGCGACAAACGGCAGCGAUGUCUCAUGGGAGAGCGUGGAAGGAGGCGUCGGGGACAGAGGCGACCUGGGGCGCGGAAAGUCUGAUUCAGCGCCGCCGGUAGAAAAGGAGCCUCCUGCUCGACGUGGUCGCUCUCUGAGUCGCGACCGAAACCGAAGCGGCGACGAAGGGUUCGCCUCGGUGUCUGGCGUCUUAUCCCGUUUCUUCGGACUCAGUGAAGCGCGGAAUGGACGGAUUUCGUUGCCGGCAGGGAAUGCAGGAGAGGGCAAACGAAUUGGGUCCGAUGGUGGUGGUGGGCUACAGACCCGGGGGAAGACCGCGGGAUGGAAUGCGGUUGGGGACCCUGUAAGAGAGUGGAGCCUGUCAGUUCCGUCGGAGUCCCUUCCUGCUCCGCUUCGGCAAGCCGCCGCCAACGUCACGCUCUCCUGGCGUCUGGCGCCUUUGCUGCUCGUUCACACCGCCAGAGAUAAAACGCAAGCGGAGAAGGUCGGCAGCGGGCAGCCACGCGGCCACAGUGGACUACCUGAUGUCGACGUAAGGACUUGGCGAGACCCGCGGCAAGGACGAGGCGGCACAGACGAAAACGCAUUCCAGCGAAGCGAGCAGGGCAAGGGGGGUGCUGGCGUGUCAGGAAUGGGAAGAGAGUGGACUGUGGGCGUGGGCGACCGCCAUGCGCAGAUACCACGCGAACCUUUGAUGGGGGGAGGCACGGUGGGAGGUAGCAGUCUGAAGGAGAGGCAGAAAUAUGAGCGCGGGGACGGAGUUCAGCAGAUACAGAAUGGAGAAGAAGCACCAAAUCUCAGACUCGACCAGGAAGAGAGGAUGUUUUUCCUUUUGACACAGCGUGUCACUGUGGAUCUUCCAGACCAAGGUCCCUGGUCGUUUUCGUUUUACCUCAAUCAUACACUGCCAGUCGAAAGUGCAUUCCUCAGCGCCGCCGCCCUCUGUGAUCUGUCGGACGAGGCGCCGCAUGAGAGACGGGGGCUCUCUGACGCUGAGGGGCUGCCUCUCUUUUCCUACUCUUCGUUUUCCGCUCCAAAAGGCACGUCCCUUCCUUCGUUUUCCAGAGUUCCUUUCUACGUACGGCGUCAAUCGUGUCUCGCGGCCGUGGGUACCGAACGCCAGUUUGAGACGGAAGUCAGAAAAGAGCGCGUGAAAGCGCUUCACGCGAUGCGCGCGAGGGAGAAGAAAGAGGUGUUGGUCCCAACGAAGGGUCGUCAGUCGAAGGGCGAGGACGAAGGACGAACACAGAUGCCGCAGGGGGGUGCCUGUGUUGGGGGGAACUCAGGUCUAGUUUCCGUGGAAGGCGUGAAGCAGGAGACGUAG